UUAGGGAGCUAUUGCUCCCCGCAGGCUCCCGGUUCCCCGGUUACUCGUUUCGUGCAUUCGUCUCCGGUCGUAGCUUGCUGUGUUCGCAUCGAGUGUUCAGAAUCCAGAUAGAUAGCCAGCCCUGCGCUUCGGGCUUCAUGUCGGAGCUGGAGGAGGGCGACCCUCGGCUAGCCCUAGGUGCUCGAAUGGAAUUCCGUGUUAGGCUGUUGGGUUGGCAUGGUAAAAUCAGGUAAAAUCAGGCCUCCCACAGCAAUACGGGCUUUCGGGAUCAGCAACGUCCGCUCAUUGCCGCGAGAGGGCGAUAAAAGACUUCAAAAAGAGCCCUUUCUCAUGCCAGUAGUCCAUUGAUCAUCAUCUGUUUUGUUUCUAACUAUUGAAGAAUCUCUUGAACUACGAUCUGCAACUUGUAUACACACCGAGGAAGGAUGUCGCCGACGGAAACAGAGCACGGACCAGAACUGACUGUCUACCGAGGAUGGCUCGAUCCAGGAAAACACAUCUGGUCGCCGUUUGUCAUUAAGCUUGAAGCCCGACUCCGUUUCGCUGGAGUGCGAUAUGAGACCAAAGGCGGCUCAUUGCGGGAUGCCCCGAGAGGCAAAAUUCCAUAUGCAGAGCUGCGAGAGCGAGGCUCGGACUCUGUUAUUCUCGCGGACUCGACUCUCAUCAUCAAGCAUCUAGUCGAGCGGGACAUCCUCCCGAAUAUCAAUGCGCAGGCCUCUUCGCCUACGGUCAGAGCGCAGGACCUUGCCAUCCGGGCUCUCUUCGAGGAGAAGCUCUAUUUCUAUCAUGCUUGGGAAAGAUGGACACAAAACUACUACGCGAUGCGCGACCGUCUGCUGUCCGCAUUGAUAUAUCCCAAGCGCGUGAUCAUCGGACUAUUGCUAUACCGCCACGCGACGCAGAUGCUGCAUGACCAAGGGACCGGUCGUUACACGGCGGCUGAGAUCCGUGUCUUCCGGAGCGAGAUCUGGGAGGCUAUUAAUGGCCUGUUGAUCUCGUCCCGGGCCAGAGCCACAGUGAACGGGGCUCCUAAUGAUCAACCAUUCUGGGUCCUCGAAGGAGACCAUCCCACCGAGGCGGAUGCUACCGUAUUUGGCUUCAUUGUGUCGGUUUUGGUUUGUACUGCGAACCCGGAGUCACAGCAACUGGUCAAGCAGUUCCCGGCUAUCCUUGACUAUGCUGGAAGGAUUCAUGACCGAUAUUUCCCGGAUUAUGCGAAAUGGGAAUGAAAUGGGACCAUGCAGGUGGUCGAUCUAGUAUCUAAUACAUUAGUUAGAUUUCUUUUUCUUUCGUUGUUGUCACGGCUUAACGAGCUUCGUUCCUGCACUAGAGAGGUCAUAUGG